UUCUGCAUCGUAACUCAUGUUACAACAAAGGGUUUCAUUUCACAAUUUUUAAAAUCCCCUUUCCAAGCCAAAAACCCUAGAGAGCUCAGUCGAAAAUCAAAGGGAGAACCCACAGCACUUCCUCUUGGGUUAAUUUAUACCCGUUUUUUGGUUGUUUGCUUGUUGAUUCCCAGCAGUAGGAAUUCUUUGCAAAAAUCAGCAUUCUGUUGUUCAGAUUCUGUAAACAUGUCAGUUCAAUUGAUGCCUGUAAAGAGAUCAUAUGAUCGAAAUCCUAGAGAGUUAAAUGGUAGAGGGAAAUGGCAAAAAUCAACAGCUUUUGGUGCAGAUAAUUCUGCAUUGAGAGGAUCCCCUGCUAAAAAUGUUAUACGUUUACUCUGUCCAGCUUCCAAGAUUGGUGCUGUAAUUGGAAAAGGUGGGGGCAUUAUAUCUCAAAUACGUCAGGAAACGGGGGCAAAGGUCCAGAUUGAGGAUACUUUUCCUGGAUGUGAUGAAAGAGUCAUUGUUAUUGUAGGGUCAGAUAAGGAAAAUGAAGUUGGCAGUGGACAUGGCAAGGCAGAUGGUGAGGAGAAUAUCAUCACUGGAAAGGGUGAUGAGGGUAAUGACACAGAUGAGCAUGGAGAAAAUGAUGAAGAUAAGCAGUCCGUUCUAGUUGAGGAUGCUCAGUCAGAAAAUGUAGUUUCGUCUGUUCACAAAGCUCUGUUACUUGUGUUUGAAAGGAUCAUUGAUGGAGAAUCAAAGAUGGAUGAGCGGGAUGAAGGGGGUAAUAAGGUUCCCUCAUCUGUUUUGAGGUUACUUGUGUUCUCCAGUCAGGUGGGGGGCCUUCUUGGGAAAGCUGGUAGUGUAAUAAAACAGAUGUCUUCUGACAGCGGAGCCCAGAUUCGAAUCCUUCCGCGGGACAAACUGCCUUCUUGUGCAUCUUCUUCAGAUGAGCUGGUUCAGAUUUCUGGAGGACUUGAUGCUGUUAAGAAAGCUCUUCAAUCAGUUUCCCAGCAACUACUUGAGCAUCUUGCUUGUGAUCAGGACUCUCUCUCUUCAAACCCCAGUGGUCCCUCAUCUUCUUCCUUUGGUCCUUGUACUAGACAGGAUACAUUUCAAUAUUCAAAACGUUCUCUCCAUGGACAUGGGCCACCACAUUCUUCUGGAUUUCAUGGUGUUGAAGCCAGAUUUCCUGGCAGGACGAAUCCUUCUCCAGGUGUGCUUAGCUUCCGGUUAUUGUGUCCGGAUGAGAAGGUGCGUGGGGUAAUUGGAAAAGGAGGAAGUAUAGUCAAGGCAGUUCAACAUGAAACCGGCUGUGAGAUCAAAGUCGUGGACGCUGUUGCUGAUUCAGAGGAUCGCAUAAUUGUCAUAUCUGGCCCAGCUUACCCAGAUGAAAGAAUAUCUGCCCCACAAGAUGCUGUACUUCGGGUACAAUCAAGAAUAUUUAGAGCCCCUCCAGAAAGUAAGGAGGAGACAUUGAAGGCAAAACUCCUUGUCUCCUCUAAUCAAAUUGGAUGUCUCCUUGGCAAGGGCGGUGCUAUUAUUGCUGAAAUGAGGAAGUCAACUGGUGCUUAUAUCCGUAUACUGGGGAAAGAUAAAAUCCCAAAAUGUGCUUCAGAAAAUGAAGAAGUAGUUCAGAUAAAUGGAGAAUUUGAAAGAGUUGAAGAAGCUAUUUUGCAGAUAACUGCAAGGUUGCGAGAUCAUUAUUUGCGUGAUGCAUUUCCAUCUAUGCAUCACCCUCCUAAUCCAGGCUUUCUGGACCAAAUACCUCAGUUUCCUUCAUUCAUGGGAAGGAGCGAGCUUUCACCUUCAGGAAUAUUCUCUUUAGGGCCAUCCUUUCACAAGUUUGAUGCUCCUGGUGGCCUGCCACCGCAUGGUGGCUUCCACCCACAUAAUGAUCACUCUCCAUUUGCACAUGAUUUUCAUAGACCAGGCCUGCCUCACAUUUCUGAAAGAGUGCCAUCCUCAGCACCAUGGGGACCUCAGGGGGGUAUCGAGGACACUGGCCCAAUAGACUUCCCGGACUAUCGAGCUCCUCAGAGAAGAUUCGGUGGUUUUGGAGGAGGAAAUCAUCCAGCUAUAAUCACCUGCACAACUGUGGAAGUAGUUGUUCCUCGCUCUGUUGUUCCUGCAAUCUAUGGAGAGGAAGGUGAAUGUCUUAGACAAAUACGCGAGAUUUCUGAUGCAAAUAUUACCAUCAAUGGUACAAAGCCUGGAGCGACAGAAACAGUCAUCAUAAUAUCUGGGACACCUGAACAGACCAGUGCCGCACAGAGUCUCAUUCAAGCAUUUGUAAUUAGCGAGACUGAAGCAGCUUGAUCUUUGAUGGAGGUGAAGCUUAAAGUGACUGAAGAAUGCAGAUUCCUAAUUUAUUGUAUGGUGAGUAACUGCUUAGCAUACGCAAAUUUUACUAGGAAAAAACUUUAAAUUGUACUUUGGAUUGCAGAACCCCUUUAGCUUAAAUUUGCAAUGGGAUGGGAAGGGGGAAAAAAAUAGUUAAUUUUACAUUGUGUAUUCCCCUCAUUGCAUGGUCUAGCAUAUCUAUAUUUUCUAUGAUGCAGAUGAGCUCUCAUUGGCCUGUUUAAUUUAGUUUCCUUGUUGGGAUUUUGGAAGACAUUGGAGGUGUUUCUGCGACAUUUCAUAUAUGUUCUCUGUCUUCCAGCAUAUGGAUUCACCAACUGGAACACGUAGGCAGCGCUUUUUACCUGUUUCUUAAGAACGUUUUGGUAAUAAAAAAUUUGAAUAGUCCCAAAAACGCAGAACAUAAAAUCAGUAUCUUCUAUAUAAAAAAGGGUAUAGAUACUGUACAAAACAAAUCCAGCGUUCAUUAUAUGGAUCCAUGUGUCAUAAAAUACUAAAAACACUUGACCAAAUAAUUUCCAAUAUUCUUAAGAACAGAGCCCCGCGUGCACUCUUUUUUACAUCAUUUUGAUAAUCAAAUUAGAAAAAUAUGAAAAUUACUUGUAAAUAAGCAAAUAAAUGAAUUCUAAUUAGAUCUUCAAAUAAUUUUCUGUACACAAGUUGAUAGAGAUCCAAAUGGAACAGCAUCCCCCAAGGGAAAGCAACAUUCAUUUUUCUUAGUAUUAGCUAUACUGCAAGACUGAACUUGAAACGCUUAAUGAAAUUGGUAGCCCUUUUAUGAUUUUGUUUACUGGCAGUGUACUAUGAAGUUGGAAGAUUCAUUCUCCAAUCAAAUUAUACUACGAGUUAUUUCUAUUUCAUUUUCCCCACUAUUCUGUUAUUCAUUUUCAGUGACUUCAUUGCAUGUAGUGCAUUUAUUUAUCACGAACUUCAUAUUUGAUGCACGUGCAUGUACUGUAUGUCCCAUUAUGUCAAUUGAAACAGUGUCAUAGGACAAGUCCAAUGUACUACCCAACUGUAGGAAAAUUUUGGCUUGUGAGUCAUAAUGGAUUGGGAAAUUCUUGUGCUUUGGGUUAAAGAAUAGUGAAGAUCAGGAAAAGUAUCCUAAUGCCUUGUUUGGUAGGGAUUAAAAUCAGAUUUUUAGUAGAUUUUGAUAAAAGUUAAUGAAACAUGUUGAAAAGUUGCGGGUUCCCGUGAAAUGCGUGAUUAAAAUUAAUUGUUAAUUUUGAUUUAGAUUAGAAUUUUGGUUUUAAUCCUUACCAAACAGGGGCCAAGUAUAACAAUGACUUGAGAAAAUUGUUUUUUUGGUUGGUGUUGUGAUUCGGAAUGAAGUGGCCUAAGAUAAUGGAGUUUUGUCUUCGGCCCCACAAGGGAAAGGCAAGUUUUCAUGGUUAUAAAUUACUUUGCUAAAUAUGCAAUAUCAAUUCCUCGUGUCACAACUUUAUUGAUGGUUUGUUUGAGCCCUAUUUUUUAGGUAGAUUUUGUAAUAGUGAUUUUUUGGAUAAUGUGUGGUUGAAAAAUAGGGAGAAGUUCUGGAUUUACAUGUAAAAUUAUUUUAUUAGGAUAAUGUGGGUUGAAAAAUGAGUUUGGAGAAAAAUGAGUUUUUAAAGAGUGAGGCUCAAAUAGGGGCUGAAUUAAGGACAUAUCAAGACCUAUAGGUUUAAAGUUCCUAAUUCUAAUAGGAGACUUUUAUUGAAUUUGGUAAUUAUACGACUUUGCAAGUUGCAACAGAGGAUAUGUUUCAUAACACCCCAAGUAUGAAAACUGAUAAUUCCAUGCCCUUUGGAGAUGUUGAGGAAGCCGAACCAGAUAGUGUUACAUAUUAUCAUCCACAGUUUUGGCAGAAUAAAAUUGGGUUUGAAAACAUUGUGCUUGUGACCAAUCUUGGCCUGAAAUACUGGACGUUAACAUCUCUUCAGCUUCUAACUACGCAUUCUCCUCUUAAGCCUCCUUCGCAAAUCGACAUCCAAAAAAUGACUGGAAUCUCACUUCGAAUAUGUCUCAGUUUGAAACUUUUCUUAUCUCAACUAGUAAUUCACAUAAAGAGCUCAUUGUACAUCAAUGGCUAGUAGUAGGAACGGUAAAGCUGCCCUCUCGCUGAAACCACCAACGUUAUCUGUUUAUAGUCCCAAUCAUUAGCAUGUAUCUUCUUGCAUUCAUUCCAGCCCCUUUCUUGCUCGCAUUAAUAAUGCAUUUGCAUUUUAUUUUAGUUCAUCAACAUAGCUUGAAUAACACUAAAAGGUGAUGAUUUUAUUUCUCAAGUUGAAUUAAAAUUGAACUUUCGAUAGUUUUUCUGUAACAUAACGUUCAGUCUCCCUCAACCUAAUCAUUGUUACUUGUGUUACAUGGUAAUAUUGAAGACGCUGAAAGUAGUUUCUUUGGUGGUAUCAGUUCGUUUUUUCUGUAAGCUGAAAGUGCUGAAUGAUGGUUUCCUUUAUGCAACGGAGGUAGUAAUUUGGUUCGGAGUUUUGGAGUUAAUUCUAAUGGUAAGGUUAGAAUGUUUCACUUUUGGUCGUUGAUACUAAUUCUUUCUAUUAAACGACUAGGCAGGGGCAAAUGCUGACCCAGGUAAUUUUUGUUAAAAAGUAAAAAGUGAAAUAUGAUGACUUCAUCCUCGCACAAAAGAAGCAAGGACUCACUGAAGGAGAUUUUCAAUAUAAUAAUUAUGAAGGAGAUGAUCUUUCUGGAUUGGCUUGAGUUGAUGUAAGCUCUCUGGUGAUUCAGUCUGUUGUGUUCGAGUUGUAAAAUGUAUCUACCGUCUGCAUAUUUUUGUGAUUUUUUACGAUCUUCAUGAUGUAAUUCAAUUACACCUGGCAUGUUUGUUGAGGGGUUUGAAGGUUUGGAUAUAACUUGGUUAAGUAGCAUCAGUCAA